CGUGUUAGUGCAGAGGGUCCCAGGACUUGGAAGAGGAUUGGCGUGAACAACCAUGGCCGGACCCCGCUUCUCAGUACCCCGAUUCGAGGGCGUUUCGCAGGAGCAGUUCAUAGAGCACCUGUAUCCGCAGAGAAAACCUCUAGUGUUGGAAGGAAUUGAUUUGGGAGCAUGUACAAGCAAAUGGACAGUGGAUUACCUCAGCCAAAUCGGAGGGAGGAAAGAGGUGAAAAUUCAUGUUGCUGCAGUUGCCCAGAUGGACUUCAUUAGUAAAAACUUUGUAUAUAGAACUUUACCUUUUGACAAGUUGGUACAAAGGGCAGCUGAAGAAAAGCAUACGGAAUUCUUUAUUUCAGAGGAUGAGAAGUACUACCUCCGAUCACUUGGAGAAGACCCUAGAAAGGAUGUUGCAGAUAUCAGAAAGCAGUUUCCUUUAUUGGAAGGAGAUAUUAAGUUUCCAAAAUUCUUCAAAGAAGAGCAGUUCUUUUCCAGUGUUUUUCGAAUCAGCUCACCAGGGUUACAACUUUGGACACACUAUGAUGUAAUGGAUAACUUCUUAAUACAAGUGACAGGAAAAAAGCGUGUUGUUCUGUUCAGUCCUCGAGAUGCCCAAUAUUUAUAUUUAUCAGGUUCUAAAUCAGAAGUACUGAACAUAGAUAACCCAGACUUAGCUAAAUAUCCACUGUUUUCCAAGGCUAGAAGGUAUGAAUGUUCCCUUAAAGCUGGAGAUGUGUUAUUCAUUCCUGCUUUAUGGUUCCAUAAUGUAAUUUCUGAAGAGUUUGGAGUGGGAGUGAAUGUCUUUUGGAAGCACCUUCCAUCUGAAUGCUAUGAUAAAACGGAUACCUAUGGAAACAAAGAUCUGACGGCAGCAUCAAGAGCUGUACAAAUUUUGGACAGAGCCUUAAAAACACUGGCUGAAUUACCAGAGGAAUACAGGGACUUCUAUGCACGGCGAAUGGUCUUGCACAUUCAAGACAAAGCCUAUAGCAAAAACUUUGAAUGA